AUGGGAACCUCAGAUAUUCCCGCAAAAUCGCUUGAGAACGAGGCCACCUCCAUACUUAGCAGAGAAGAUGGUGAAGCAGCUGCCGCUGCCAUUGCUGCUGCCGCUGCUGCGGCUGCAGCAGAUGGCUUGGUCUUAACGGGAAGCACAAGGGGACCUGACCCGGGCUCCGAUUCGGACCCAUCUGAGGAUCACUGCUUGCAGUCGCCGUCGGUGGAAAGCCAUACAGUAGAAGAUGGACUGCAACAGCGGCGAGAGCUCCGCAUCGCGAAACUUGAGCAACAAGGCGCAACUGCAUCUUCCGACGCGCAAGGAGAAGCGUCAACAAGCCAGCAAGACCAAGGGUCCGAUGGGUUUCCUUUUCGGCGCAUCAUAAAUGCUGCAUGUACCUCAUCUAGCCUGCAGCGCCUCGCAGAGGUCUUUCGGUUCAUCGAUGCCUCGCCUUGCAUAUGUGCAGACCCUCCUAGCUGCAAGUUUGGUGGCGAGGCGGCGCAGCAACAGCAGCAAAAGCAACGGCAGAUUCUACAGAUGCUUACUCAAGAGGAUGCCGCGCCAAAUAGUGAUCGUGAGCCCUCUGAAGCGGACCCUUUCUCGCUAUUUGCGAACACUACUGACGCCGUAGUGUCGUCAUGCUGCAUUCGACACCCUCUCGGGAAGGACACAAUAAACAAGAAUAACAAAGCCACUGUGCGGCAAAACUCACCUCUGCAAGUUGAGGGAACCGAGCUUGAAUGUGACUGGGAGUCGUUUGCAGUUUCUCUCGAUAAGGAUCUAGACAAUCUGCUCGACUCGCUGGAGGAUAGCGGCAUUUUAGAGAAGAUGCAAAACUCCCUCGCAGCAUGUCUCACAGCUGCAGUGCACGCUUUCCCUAAGGCGCAGGAGGCACGUGCCAUGGAGGCUGCAUCACAAGUUGCAACCUGUGAAAAUCCCACACCACCUAGUGUACUAAACGCAUUGCCCACAGCAUCUGAACACGGAAUAUCCUCAGAGCGUACACAAGCAGAAACAGCGACGCCUUCUCCUGCGUCCAGUACAUCGUGUACUGCUAGUACACCUGCUGCUGCUGGUAGGGGAGCAGAUGAUGCACUCGUGGCCGAGGAGGAGCAGGUUCCUUCCGUCGAAUCCGGUGGUGUAUUUGCCGCCAUUGCAGCUGUGGAGGCUCAUUGCAAUGAAGUAGCGAAAAAGUUUGCCAGCAAACUGUGCACGAUGCGUCGCGUGAAUGCUCAUCGUGGCCAGACCCAGAUUCUACGGCAGCCCAUGCAAAGUCAAACGGUGAAGCCUUAUCAACCACUUCCGGCUUACGCUCGAGGACAACAAAUCCCCUUGUUCCCGUACCGCUACGCGGCACCGUCUCCGCCCUCUUUGUUGCAGCUACGGGACCGCCGCAGUCGUUUGCAAGUGCUGGGGCAAAGGAAGGGGGCAUGGUCGGUAAAGGAGUAUAUACCGCACAUCAACGCUUCGUUUCCAGACGCCGCCUGGUUUUCUCUCGGGUGCUGCGCUGGCCGUACCUGGAGGCAGCAGCUUUUAAGUAGUGGCUUGACAGCAAGGCAGCAGCUGGAGAUGCUUCGACUCCUACAGGGAGAUGACCUGGUGGAGGGAUGCUUCGUUAUUGACACUGUCCAUAGGGACCACUCCCUUACGCGACGCAUUGUAGCUGGCCGUCGGGGACGCCGUGACUUCAUUGAAGCCAUUACUACGCCUUGGGCUGUAGCGAGGGGCUGGGUGGUCCGCUGUGAUAGAGACAGAGAACUCAUGCUGCUGCGCCUUGUCGGCGUCGAGGUGUAUUCCGAGGGCAUGUCAAACACUGUGGAUGGGCCUGGAGAGUUGUCAGCCAACUCUAGCAAGCAAGAAAAUCAGGCUUCAGGUGCAACUGCCGCAUACAAGCAGCCACAGCCUCUUCAUGGCGUAGACUACUUGAAGAGGCGUCUUUUGAGAGCAGAGGUUGACAUUGGGAGCAGCGGUAUCUACGCUGCUUUGCCUCUCGCUGCCAUUCCCCGCUAUGAGUUCAUAGGGGGGCAGUCGAGUGGAUGCUGCGGCCGUUUUGUAUGCGCGGGAACGGCGCUUCGUUUCUACGUGUCGAGGAAGGCAGCGCUUCCAGGAACCUUGGCGGCUUUCUCAGGUCCUCAGCGGAGCAGUAGCGGAAUCAAGGACCGCCUUGCGAAACUUCGGCAGCCUUUGUUGGAUGAGGCAAUGCUAAACAGCGCCCAUGCUCACGUUGAAGCGUCCCUCACACUGCCUGAUUACUUUCAGGACAACCCAAAGCUUAUGGAGCUCUUGCAAGAGCCUUUGGGAUUUGCUGCUGCUCUCCCACAUGAUGCUGCACAUCCGCAGCCCCAGGAAGAAGAUUUUGAGGAGAUUUGUUCUCUGCAGUUGCCACCCAAUGGAGAGUCCAGGGAACAACUACGUUGGUGGGAUGGUGGCUCGGGAUUGCUGCUCAGCCGCUUACCAUUCAUGUUGCGCUCAAGUGGGGCUUUUAUGAAUCCGAUUGCGACGCACCGCAGGCUGCAUGCAUUUUCCGCUCUUCAGAUGUUAGGAAUGGCACCGCCGCCGGAGACACUGGAAUUGGUGGCAACCAUCGGCGGCCCUACAGGCAGCGGUGCCAGGAAAAAAGGUCCAUCGAACAAUAACAACAGAGUGCUGGCCUUUACAGAGGCAAAAGCGUGGGAGGAGGUGAUAAGACGGCUUAGUGAUGGAUGCUUCAUGUCAUUUCUUAGCACCGCCUCCCCAUGCGGAGCGAUCCGAAUCGCUCUUGCAAGGCUCGAGAAAGAUCCUGCAGUGCGUGGAGGAGGGGUGGGAAGACUGCUGGCUCAGCAGCAAGGAGCUGAUUGGGCUAAACGGAGGCUGAAGGCUGGUGUUGCCUACGCGAGGCGCCGGCAGCUGGACCAAGCCAUACAGCUAUACGAUUCUGCAUUGCAGCUUCGUCCUGACUACGCGGACGCUCUCAUAGCUAGAGGAGCUGCUUACGCGAAUAAACUCGAUUAUGAAAAGGCAGCAGCAGAUUUAGACGCAGCACUUACCUUGGAGCCCACCAACAAGAAUGCUGCUAAAUACCGAGCGAUCGUAGCUGAGAGGAUGGAAGGUAAAGAGCCACAAUCAGGAAAGCCUGGCGUGUCGGGUGACCGGGACAGGACACCCUCCCCAGACAGGAAAUGCAAGUCUCCCGAACAUGGACGUUUGCGGGAGAUUAGCGCAACGAGGGCAACAACGAUCAUUCGCAAGGGUGGACCAGGAUCCGUCCCACUCCAUGUGUCGAGAAAUGCACUCACAAGCGCAGCAGCUGCAGCAAAUGCUGUGCUGGAACAAGCGGCGGCAUCGGUGGUGGGAAGGAAAGGCGUUGGUAUUCUUGGAGCGAAUAGCACGGUUGACAGGUUCCGCAGCUCUCACGAGCAGCCGAGGCAGAGCCUGCUCCUACUUGAGCAGCAGAAACGCCGUGCCGCACUGAUGCAGCAGCAAUUGCAACACAGCCAGGAGAUGGAGCGACAAAUAGAGAAAAGGCGCCGGGAGCACCUGCGACAGCAGGAGGCUCAGCUGAAGCCAGCAAUACAUUCUAGUAGUAGGAGCACAAACAGAGUGAAGUCGGAAAAUAGCGAGAAGAAAAGCUCGAAAGGCAAGAAGAGGAAACAUGGCAAUUCUUCUCCAGAAAGCACUCGCGCGUGA